UGUGAUAUGAGCUUGGAAUUGUUUUGCUGAAAUGAACCGGAGGAUUGUUUGGGAUCAAAGAUUUACAAGGCUCAUCAAGACCAAGUGUGGCUAUUUUUAUGAUGUGAAGACUCAUGCUCUCAUUUUGAGUGCUCUGCUGAUGUCACUAGCUGAAGAUACCAGUAUACACUUUUCAUCCCAGAUCUGAAUAGAGCUCCGCUUUGACAAUCUCUGCAAUAUUUGUGUUUAUUUCUUAUAUAAAAAUGGAAAAAGGGUUUACACUUUAUGAAAGAGAAGAGGAAGAAUCUGAACAGAAGAAACAAAGUCUUCAAAUGGAAUCCGCAACACUUAAGAGGAAAUUUAGAACAAGUGAAGAAGAAUUUGAUGAUAUUCCAGUAUCUACAGUAGAUUAUUCUAUAGCGCGAGCUGAACAAGUUUUGAGAUCUACCUGGGCGAAAUGGGAACCCAGAGACUUGUGGUUAGAAACCAGAGAUGAGAAAAGUACUGGAUACAGAAAUGACAUGAAGAAGUUUGAAAUCAAGGUUACAGAGUCUUGCAGGGCCUUGCGUGUGAGAGCUGACCAUAAGGCCUUGCGUAGAGUGGCGGAAGAGAAAUGCAGGCAAACGAAAGAAUUUAGAGAGCUUUGCGCAAGAAGAGCUCCCAUGUUCUGGAUACCUCUGAGGGCGCAUUGUGUAUGGGAGAGGAUGUCCGUCACCCUUGCGUGCACUGUACUGGGUAACCCCAAACCAUCAAUACAGUGGUUUAAGAACGGCGUGCCAAUUGAAUUACGAACUUCUCCGCCUGGAAAAUAUAAAAUACAGAAUGAGUAUGGAAUGCUUACCUUAGAGAUCCGCAGAUGCACUUUGGAAGACUCUGCUGAUUAUAGUGUGGUGGCAACAAAUGCAUUUGGACAAGCAACAUCCUUUGCUAAUGUACUUGUAAAGCAAUAUCAUGGAUUAAAGUCAGGAUGGGAUUCUGUUUCAUAUCCCUCUCUAUUACCGGUCUACGAAGGGGAAUUCACCAGUGUUAUGAAACCUGUGUUUACAAGAGAGAAGGAAUCAUUUGCCCUGUCCUGCUCUGUAUCUUCUAGCCUUGAGAGACAUGCACCGUGCAUUCAUUGGUUUAGGGAUGGGGUCUUACUAAAGGAGUCAGACCGCAGAACAAUAAGCUGUAUGGGCUGUGAUGUGUCUCUCAGUGGAUCCCCUGCUUAUAAAGAAGAUGAAGGAUUGUACAUGGUCUCUGUGCCAGCUGCAUCUGGACAUCAGGAGCAGAGCGCUUACAUGUUUGUGAAAGAUGCUGAUCCAGAAGACAUUGGUGCUCCUGGAUCACCGCUGUGUGUUCAAUGCCAUGAUGUUCAUAAGGAUUGUUUGCUUUUAUCCUGGACCCCACCAAGUGAUGACAGAGGAAGUCCCGUUAGUGGUUAUUAUGUUGAAAGGUGGGAUAAAUCAAGCAAUCAGUGGGUUCCAUGCAAUGAAGUUACGACAAAGAUCUGCAGAUUUCCGGUGUCUGGUCUUACAGAAGGGGAAACGUAUCGAUUCAGAGUGAAAGCUGUAAACAAGGCUGGGAUUAGUCUUCCAUCAAAAGCCAGUGAUCCGGUGACAAUGAGAGACCCUGCUAAGGGAGAAAAAGAAAUAGUAAUUCCAUAUGAUGAACAAAGAAAGAUUGUCAUUAACAAAGAUGAGCUGGAUGCAGAACUUGUGAAAGUUCCUACAUCACCAAGAAAUGUCCGGGCAUCUGAGGUCAGCGAGGACUAUAUAGUACUUAGCUGGGAUGAACCAGAUCCAUGUGGAAAAGAGCCUCUCACCUACUAUGUACAAAGGUCAAUUGCAGGCAGCAAUAGCUGGCAAAGAAUAAAUCUGGAUACACCUGUGAAUUCUACGAGACUACCUGUGUUUGACCUUGAGGAAGGCAAAUCGUAUUGUUUCAGAGUACAGGCUGUGAACAAGUAUGGAAUGAGUGAGCAGUCUGAGUCAAGUGAGCCAAUCUCGCUUCAAGCAACACUAGUUGUGCCUCCAGCUCCUGACCAUAUCAUGGCUCUGAGAGACACUAAGACAUCUGCCGUAGUACAGUGGGGAAAAGUUGAAUGUGAUCCAGAGAUUCUUGGCUACUAUUUAUAUAGUAGGUUCUCUGGGGAUACAGAUUGGAAACCAGUAAACAAUAAACCAUUGAAAUGUAACAGAUUCACUGUUCCUGGGUUAGAGACUGGUAAGGAUUAUGAAUUCUGUGUGAGGGCAGUUAAUGAAGCAGGACUUGGUGAACAGUCUCCUAUAAGUGACCCUCUAAACAUAAAUGAAGCCAUAUAUUGCCCAUCUGCUCCAUACGACUUUGCUCUUCUUUGCUGUGGAAAAGAUGAAAUGACCAUAGGUUGGAAAGCCCCAAAGUUCACAGCGGGGAAAGAUAUUUUUGGAUACUUACUGGACCAGCAUGACUCUUCGGAAUUAAAUUGGAAAGAUGUGAACAAUGAGCCAAUUACCAAAAGGGUGUGCAAGAUUACGGAUCUAACUGAAGGCAAUUUUUAUGAGUUUCGUGGCAGAGCAAUGAAUGCAGCAGGAGUAGGAGAGAUGUCUGAACCAAGUGAUCUCUUUAAAUAUGAGGAGUGGACAAUGGCUGAACCAGGUCCUCCAUAUGAUGUCAGGUGCAGAGAGGUUCGCAACACUUCACUAAUGAUUCACUGGGAGGCUCCUGUUUAUCAGGGGUGUAGCUCAGUGUCUGGAUAUUUAAUAGAGGUGCUGAAAGAAGGAUCUGAUGAAUGGAAGACUGUUAACGAGAACCCAGUAUCAGACUGUCACCUUAGGGUUUCUGAUUUGGAGACAGGAAAAAGUUACAAUUUCCGUGUCCUUGCAAUUAAUUCAGCUGGUUCUGGAAGUCCGUCUCUGCCCUGCAACUCAGUCAUUGCAGCAACAAAACCAGGCACAAAUGAGAUUGAAGUUGGUGUAGAUGAUGAAGGAUUCAUAUAUCUUUCUUUUGAGAACCCAGAGCCAAUAGACAAUCCUGAGUUUAUCUGGUCAAAAGAUUAUAAAGGAGAGCCAGAUCCAGAGAAAACAGAGAUCUCAAAAGAACGAAAUAAGUCCAAGCUGGUGUUAACAAACCCAUCUGAGGAAGAUGUAGGCACCUAUUCUGUCGAGGUUCCAAACACUGAUGGGAUAUCUGCUAGCCACACAUUAACGGAAGAGGAAUUAGCUGAUCUUUUGAAGAAAAGUCAUGAUGUGCGACAUCCGUUGAUACAGCUCAUCUCUGGCUGGAAUAAAGAAGUACUAGAAAAUGGGGAUGUGCGACUCUGGCUACAGGUGGAAAAACUCUCCUCUGCUGCAAACUUGGAGAUGAUUCUAAAUGACAACAUUAUUGGAAAUACCCCAAAACGAAAAAUUAAUUUCGACAAAGAGAAUGGCCUCAUUGAGAUCAUCAAGGAAGACUUUGGUGUAGAAGAUAAAGGAACAUACACGGCCAAAGUGGUUGAUGGAAAAGCAUCAAAUCAGUUCAGUCUGACGCUCACUGGGGAAGAUUUUGAUGACAUUUUGGAUGAGGCUAACCAGAAGAAAAAACAGUGGAAGAAAAAGAAUGGGCCCCAUUUUCAGGAGCAGUUGCAGUGGAAGGUUACAGAUGACUGCCAUGUUAUUAUAACAUGCAAGGUGAAAAAUAUCACUAAAGAAACAACUCUUAAGUGGUCAUUAGAUAAAAAGACACUUUCUAAUGGGCAAUAUGAUGGUCAGAGUGGGGAUGGAAAACUUGUGAUUGAGAAGUUCAGUAAUGCAGAGAAGGGGCAUUACAAAGCAGUGGUGCAAGAUAAAAGAGGGCAAGAUGAUAGUGAUCUGGACAUCAGCAAGGAAGGGUUUGAAGAGAUUAUGAAGGAGAUUUGCAGAAUUAGUGCACUUAGUGCCUCCCCAUUGAAAUGUCAAGGGACCGCAGAGGGUAUCAAGAUAUUCAGUGAUGUCAAAUACUUCACAGAGAGCAUGAAUCCAACCUGGUACCACAAAAACAAGAAGUUGGACAGUACAGAAAGGGUUAAAUCCGGGAGUACAAUGAACCAGAUAUGGCUUCAGAUAAUAAACCCUACAGACACAGAUAAAGGCCUGUAUACUCUUGAAAUUUUUGAUGGCAAGAACACCCAUAAACGCACCCUUGACCUGAGUGGAAAAGCAUUUGAUGAUGCACUUGUUGAACAUCAAAAAUUCAAAGAAACUGCUAUAGUAGAGAAAAAUCGUGCUAAAGUAGUACGGGGGCUUCCUGAUCUAGCAACAAUAAUGGUAGACAAGACAUUAUGUUUAACAUGUCACAUAUCAGGAGACCCAGCUCCGGAAAUCUGCUGGGUAAAGAAUGAUAAGAAGGUGGUCUUCAAAGAUCGAUACAAGCUAGAUGUGAAAGGAACAGUGGUAACCAUGACCAUUGAAAAGAUAUGUGCUGAAGACACUGGGAGAUAUAGUAUUACUGUGAAGAACAAAUAUGGUUCUGAGGUUGGACAGGUUACUGUGAGCGUCUUCAAACAUGGAGAAGAACCAGAGGAACUUAAAAAGGCCUGGGAAAAAACUCAAAAGCCAAAGUGAUAUAUUUCUAAAGGAUAUGUUUAAUCAGAUUUUUUAAUAGACUAUAAUAGCUGUUUGAUGAAAAUAUAUAAUAUAAGAGAAUGAGCUAUAU